CAGUUGUGGAACUCUUCUUCAUGAAUGGCUCUCUCACCCGUAGGCUCCUUCAACCCUACAACAAAACCCUUCUCAAGAAAUAUUCCUAUUUUCUCCGCAUUCACUCAUACACCACCUACUUCACACAACAUUCUCUCCAACAACACCCACUCACUUCUCUACAGUGUGGAGCCCUCUUACAGUCCUUCACCAACACCAAAUCCUUCAAACAGGGCCAGCAACUCCACGCCCACAUGAUCUCCUUCAGCAUUCUUGAGAACAACACUUAUCUCAACACUAAACUUGCUGCUUUCUAUGCUGGUUGUGGCCUUAUGUCCCAAGCAGAAGUUAUCUUUGAUGGCAUCGUGUUGAAAAAUUCGUUCUUGUGGAAUUUUAUGAUUAGAGGCUAUGCUUCUAAUGGGCUGCCUAUGAAGUCCCUUGUUUUGUAUCGAGAAAUGCUCUGCUUUGGACAGAGGGCGGAUAAUUUUACCUACCCAUUUGUUCUUAAGGCGUGUGGUGAUUUGUUACUUGUGGAAAUUGGGAGACGAGUUCAUUCUGAGGUGGUGGCUUGUGGGUUAGAGUCGGAUAUUUAUGUGGGUAAUUCUCUGCUUGCUAUGUAUGCGAAGUUUGGUGAUAUGGGAACUGCGAGGAUGGUGUUUGAUAGAAUGGCUGAGAGAGAUUUAACUUCUUGGAAUACAAUGAUUUCUGGUUAUGCGAAAAAUGCUGACUCGGGAGCGGCUUUUCUAGUUUUUGAUUCAAUGGGAAAAGCUGGGUUGUUUGCAGAUUGCACAACUUUGCUUGGUUUGCUCUCUGCUUGCGCUGACUUAAAGGCAGUGAAACAGGGAAAAGUGAUACAUGGUUAUGCUGUUAGAAAUAGUAUAGGGAAUUAUAACAAUUUUUUUACCAACUCUCUUAUUGAGGUGUAUUGUAAUUGUAAUUGCAUGGUGGAUGCACGGCGAUUAUUUGAGAGGGUGAGAUGGAAAGAUACUGUGUCAUGGAAUUCUAUGAUUUUGGGUUAUGCACGGAAUGGGGAUGCUUUUGAAAGUCUCAGACUUUUCAGGCGAAUGGCUUUAGAUGGUUCAGGACCUGAUCAAGUAACCUUCAUAGCUGUGCUUGGAGCUUGUGAUCAGAUUGCAGCCUUGCAAUACGGCAUGUCCAUUCACUCAUACCUUGUUAAGAAAGGGUUUGAUGCAAACACUAUUGUGGGAACUGCUCUUGUGGACAUGUAUUCUAAAUGUGGAAGUUUACCUUGUUCACGUCGUGUUUUUGAUGAGAUGCCUGACAAAAGUUUGGUUUCUUGGAGUGCCAUGGUUGCGGGAUAUGGGCUCCAUGGGAGGGGAAGGGAGGCUAUCUCCAUUCUGGAUGGAAUGAAAGCAAACAGUGUUAUUCCUGAUAAUGGUGUUUUUACUUCAAUCUUGUCAGCAUGUAGCCAUGCAGGAUUAGUUGUUGAGGGUAAAGAAAUUUUCUACAAAAUGGAAAAGGAGUAUAAUGUGAAGCCUGCGCUUUCUCACUAUUCCUGUAUGGUGGAUCUUCUUGGCCGAGCUGGGCAUUUAGAUGAAGCAUAUGAGAUCAUCAGGACUAUGGAAAUUAAACCUACCAGUGACAUGUGGGCUGCACUCCUUACUGCUUCUCGACUCCACAAAAAUGUCAAACUAGCAGAGAUUUCAGCCCAGAAAAUUUUUGACAUGAACCCCAAAGGGGUGAGUAGUUACAUUUGCCUCUCCAAUAUUUAUGCAGCUGAGAAAAGAUGGGAUGAUGUGGAAAGGGUAAGAGCCAUGGUGAGAAGAAAGGGAUUGAAGAAAUCACCAGGCUGCAGCUUCAUUGAGUUAGAUAAUAUGGUUCAUCGGUUCUUAGUUGGUGACAAGUCACACCAACAAACAGAGGAUAUAUAUGCCAAGUUGAACGAAUUGAAACAACAACUGAAGGAGGCCGGAUACAAGCCUGAUACAAGUUUGGUGUUCUAUGAUGUGGAAGAAGAGGUAAAGGAGAAGAUGCUUUGGGAUCACAGUGAGAGGUUAGCCAUUGCUUUUGCUCUAAUAAGCACAGGUCCAGGCACAGUUAUUCGAAUCACCAAGAAUCUUCGUGUAUGUGGAGAUUGCCACACGGUAACAAAACUCAUUUCUGAGCUCACAGGUCGAGAGAUUAUUAUGCGGGAUAUUCAUAGGUUCCACCACUUUACCAAGGGAUUUUGUUCCUGUGGUGAUUAUUGGUGAAUACAUAUGCACUGAACUGAAAAAUAGUUGUACAUUUGAGCCAGAAGAGGGAAAUGCAAAUUCUUUUAUUCAAAAAGCAAAUACCUCAAAUUUUCAUGACA